CAUGCCUUCGAAGGAAUGAAUUAGACGCGCUUCCUCGCCGGGUGACUGACAGCGCUGCCCCGGGGAGAGGAGUAUAUAAGGGGCGGCUCUGCCGCGAAGGCAGAGGGAGGCACCGUCCGAGUGCACCGGGACCGCUCCUCCUCCCAGCUCAGCCUCCCAGCCGAACUCGCCUUGCAGCGCGGACGCCAGCCCUCCCAUCUUCGCAACGCACCAGGGGCCGCACCACGGACGCAGCAUGCUCUGGGGGCUGGCCCUGCUGGCUCUGUGGGCAUGGCAGGGUGCCCAGGACGUCCGAGCUGCGGACCCGGUCGAAGACAGCUCCUUCGACCUCUUCCAAGUCAGCAACAUAAACCGGAAGACCAUCGGCGCCAAGCAGUUCCGCGGGCCCGAGCCGGGGGCGCCGGCCUACCGCUUCGUGCGCUUUGACUACAUCCCGCCCGUGAGCGCGGCCGCCCUGCUCAGCAUCACGCGCAGCAUGCGGCGCCGCGACGGCUUCUUCCUGACGGCGCAGCUCAAGCAGGACCGCAGGUCGCGCGGCACGCUGCUGGCCCUCGAGGGCCCCGGCGCCGCCCGCCAGUUCGAGGUGGUCUCCAACGGCCCGGCCGACACGCUGGACCUCACCUACUGGACGGCCGGCGGCCAGCACGUGCUGUCCCUGGAGGACGUGGGCCUGGCCGACUCGCAGUGGAAGAACAUCACGGUGCAGGUGGCCGGCGAGACCUUCGGCCUCUACGUGGGCUGCGACCUCGUGGACAGCUUCGCGCUGGACGAGCCCUUCUACGAGCAGCUGACGGCCGAGCGCAGCAGGAUGUACGUGGCCAAGGGCUCCGCCCGCGACAGCCACUUCCGGGGUCUGCUUCAGAACAUGCACUUAGUCUUUGAGGAUUCUGUGGAAGACGUCCUGAGCAAGAAGGGCUGUCAGCACAGCCACGGAGCUGAAAUCAAUGCCAUCAGCGAGCACACGGAGACGCUGCACCUGAGCCCUCACCUCACCGCGGACCACACAGGCCAGAGCCUGCAGCCGCGGCCGGAGGUGUGCGAACAUUCCUGUGCCGAGCUGGGCAACAUGAUCAACGAGCUCUCCGGGCUGCACCUCCUCGUGGACCAGCUCAGCGAGAACCUGAAGAGAGUGUCCAGCGAUAACCUGUUUCUGCUGGAGCUCAUCGGGGUUCCCCCGAAGACGAGGAAUGUGUCCGGCUGCUGGCAGGAGGACCGGAUGUUCGCCGAGAACGAGACCUGGGUGGUGGACAGCUGCACCACCUGCACCUGCAAGAAAUUUAAAACCGUUUGCCACCAGAUCACCUGUUCACCUGCCACGUGCGCCAAUCCGUCCAUUGUGGAAGGCGAGUGCUGCCCUUCCUGCUCCCACGCAGCAGACGGCGAGGAGGGCUGGUCCCCAUGGGCAGAGUGGACAGAGUGCUCGGUCACGUGUGGCUCCGGGACCCAGCAGAGGGGCCGCUCGUGCGAUGUCACCAGUAACACCUGCUUGGGGCCGUCCAUCCAGACGCGGGCCUGCAGCCUGAGCAAGUGGCGAUGCCCGCGGUGAGUGCCGGCCACGCGGUGCCUGCAUGUGUUCCGGCAGGACGGCGGCUGGGGCCACUGGUCGCCCUGGUCUUCCUGCUCCGUGACCUGUGGGGUCGGCAACGUCACGCGCAUCCGUCUCUGCAUCCCGGUGCCCCAGAUGGGGGGCAGGAACUGCAAAGGCAGCGGCCGGGAGACCAAGGCCUGCGAGGGCGCCCCGUGCCCGAUCGACGGCCGCUGGAGUCCCUGGUCCCCGUGGUCGGCCUGCACCGUCACCUGUGCCGGGGGAAUCCGGGAGCGCACGCGGGUCUGCAACAGCCCAGAGCCCCAGCACGGCGGGAAGGCGUGCGUGGGGGACGUGAAGGAGCGCCAGAUGUGCAACAAGAGGAGCUGCCCCGUAGAUGGCUGUCUGUCCAACCCCUGCUUUCCCGGAGCCGAGUGCAGCAGCUUCCCUGACGGGUCCUGGUCCUGCGGCGCCUGCCCCGUGGGCUACCUGGGCAACGGCACCUACUGCGAGGACCUGGACGAGUGUGCCGUGGUCACGGACAUCUGCUUCUCGACCAGCAAGGCGGCCCGCUGCGUCAACACACAGCCCGGCUUCCACUGCCUGCCCUGCCCGCCGCGCUACAAGGGGAGCCAGCCCUCUGGGGUGGGCCUGGAGGCUGCCAGGGCCAACAAGCAGGUGUGUGAGCCAGAAAACCCGUGCAAGGACAAGACCCACAGCUGCCACAGGCACGCGGAGUGCAUCUACCUGGGCCACUUCAGUGACCCCAUGUACAAGUGUGAGUGCCAGACGGGCUACGCGGGCGACGGGCUCAUCUGCGGCGAGGACUCGGACCUGGACGGCUGGCCCAACAGCAACCUGGUCUGUGCCACCAAUGCCACCUACCACUGCCUCAAGGACAACUGCCCACACCUGCCCAAUUCCGGGCAGGAGGACUUUGACAAGGACGGAGUGGGCGAUGCCUGUGAUGACGACGAUGACAAUGACGGAGUGAGCGACGAGAAGGACAACUGCCAGCUCCUGUUCAACCCCCGCCAGUCUGACUACGACAAGGACGAGGUCGGAGACCGCUGUGACAACUGCCCGUACGUGCACAACCCCGCGCAGAUCGACACGGACAACAACGGCGAGGGCGACGCCUGCUCUGUGGACAUCGACGGAGAUGACGUCUUCAACGAGCGUGACAACUGUCCCUAUGUCUACAACACCGACCAGAGAGACACCGACGGCGACGGUGUGGGUGACCACUGUGACAACUGUCCUCUGAUGCACAACCCCGACCAGACCGAUGUGGACAACGACCUCGUGGGAGACCAGUGUGACAACAACGAGGACAUAGACGACGACGGGCACCAGAACAACCAGGACAACUGCCCCUACGUCUCCAACGCCAACCAGGCCGACCACGACAACGACGGCAAGGGUGACGCCUGUGACCCCGACGACGACAAUGACGGGGUCCCCGACGACAGGGACAACUGUAGGCUGCUGUUCAACCCGGACCAAGAGGACUCGGACGGUGAUGGGCGGGGCGACAUAUGCAAAGACGACUUUGACAACGACAGCGUCCCGGAUAUUGACGACGUGUGUCCUGAGAACAACGCCAUCAGCGAGACAGACUUCAGGAACUUCCAGAUGGUACCGCUGGACCCCAAGGGGACCACCCAGAUUGAUCCCAACUGGGUCAUUCGUCACCAGGGCAAGGAGCUGGUUCAGACGGCAAACUCGGACCCCGGCAUCGCUGUAGGUUUCGAUGAGUUUGGGUCCGUGGACUUCAGCGGCACGUUUUACGUCAACACUGACCGGGACGACGACUACGCUGGCUUCGUCUUCGGCUACCAGUCGAGCAGCCGCUUCUACGUGGUGAUGUGGAAGCAGGUCACCCAGACCUACUGGGAGGACCAGCCCAGCCGGGCCUACGGCUACUCCGGGGUGUCGCUCAAGGUGGUGAACUCCACCACAGGUGCGGGCGAGCACCUGAGGAAUGCGCUGUGGCACACGGGGAACACCCAGGGGCAGGUGCGCACGCUGUGGCAUGACCCCAAGAACAUUGGCUGGAAGGACUACACGGCCUACAGGUGGCACCUGACCCACAGGCCCAAGACGGGCUACAUCAGAGUCCUCGUGCACGAAGGAAAGCAGGUCAUGGCCGACUCAGGCCCCAUCUACGACCACACCUACUCUGGCGGGCGGCUCGGUCUGUUUGUCUUCUCUCAAGAAAUGGUCUACUUCUCGGACCUCAAGUAUGAGUGCAGAGACGUCUAACGAGACGUGCGUGGUGCUGGCGCGGUGCUGUGCCUGCCGAGUUGCCUGAGCCACUCGGGCCCUCGUGGCGCUCGCAGCUCUGUCUCUCCAGCGGCACCUCCUGCCCUUGACCUGACUCCGAGUUCUUCGCCUGCAUCAUCAGCCUUGAACCCCAGUGCCUCCUGGGAAAUACCGGUGGAGCCCAAAGAGGAGGCCCCAGCUGCACGGAAACCAUUCGUUCUACACGGGAGUUCACGUGGCGUGUGACUGGGCCUCACGGCACACUGCUUUUCCUUGUUUGUUUGAAAAGAACGACGUUUACAUAUACAAUGUAAUUACUUCUAUUUAUGUGUGGAUGGAGUUGAGGGAAUUCUGUGCAGAUGGCGUUAUCAUAAAUUAAGCAUGAAAAAUACCGCUCAGCUGCUCUCAGUGCGUAGAGUUGUCACUGUUCCUGGGUGAGGGCUGUUCCAGCGACACACAGAUCCCGCCGGGUCAGUCACGCAGGGCGGAAGCAUCAGGCGCACAGCGGUGACGCGGGAUACAGAGGCUGGAGGACCACGGUCCUCGGAGCCUGUGGCCUCAUCUCAGGUGGCAGCCGGGGGUGGCUGACUGUUGGAGCAUGGAACAUGACUGAAGACAAGAGUCCGUGGGCACCCGUUUCCCCGCUCCUAUCCAGCGGAGCCCUGAUGCUCCGUAGAGCUGUCGUUUUGUCGUGGAAGGAGUGUCCUCGCGCGGGGGUCUGGCGUGGCUCCUGCGAAGCCUCGAGUCCGUGCCGGGCUCCCAGAGCCGAGGGCCCCGUUAGAGCCCCCGUGCCGCACAGCACCGAGAGCACACUGGGCCAGCUGCCUGCUGGUUUGGCCCUGACUCUGGGCUCUGCCACUGAGACCGGAGAAGCAGAAAGCAGCUCAGCAAAGCCGCCGGGCCCCUGGCCCUGUGCUAGAUUCCAGAGUAAUGGUAAAGUCGCUUUCACCUAACUUAGUGAUGCACUUCAUUAAGGUUCUGGUUAUAAAUGUUCUCUUAAUAUUUAUUAAAUGAACACAGACACAGCUCCAUUUACCCAUAACUUAUUUUCAAUAUGCCAUGUAGCACAUAGAGGUAUGAUAUUGCAAGUGCCUGUCGGAACACAAGGCAAACACCAUUAUGUUGUCAGGAUAUAGCAUGGUGUGAAACGCAUAGGGUAAACAACGAAGAAUUUACAGUGGGACCUUAAUAUAGAUAUUGUUGCUAUUGAUGGUAAUCCAAGACUGCUUUGCUGUUAGCUUUCCGCUGUACAUAGGGUUUCUUAGAAAUUUGAGUGCUGAGGUCGCCCCGUGAGCGGCUGCAGGUGACAUGUGUGAGCUCAUCCACGUGAGGAAGCUGGUCUCGUGUGACAGGCCCAGAUCUCUCUGUCAGUCACGGUCCCGUUUCCAGAUCCAACUGAAAGGACCGAUCUUUUGUCUUAAUUUACACAUUUCGUUUUGAUAAAAUAAUCUUUGUCGUUUACUUUGAGGUUGAUUACUCUUUUUUUGCUUUGUUUUGCUGCACUUUUUACUUUUUUGGUAGAAAAUGGUUGGGAGACUUCAUUAAAUGUGAGAAUUGUGAAGAGUGUGCGGGUUUCUCUUUCGGUGUUGUUUGCCCCAAAGUACCACGGCCUGGGAUGAUGGUGUGAAUAUUUAGAAUGUACCAUAUUGCUUGUAAAUUAUUUGUGGUUUUUUAAACAAACUUCUCAUAUAGGUUGAUGAAACUUUGUUUUGCCAAAGACUGUAAAUAUGUAUUUAUUUGUUCACAUGGUCAGAAUUUCACCACUGAACCCUGCAUUUAGCUAGAGCCUCAUUUUUUAUACUUUAAAGAUUAAUAACCGGAAAUAAAUUGUAAAAAGGUUUUCUAUAAAUGAAUU